UCUCUCUCUCUCUCGUUUUGCUGAAGAGAUAACAAGGUUUUACUGUCCAAUUAUUAUAUUUAUUUGGUGGAGGCUGAUUAAAUUAGCUCCUCAUGUUCCAAAAGGAAGUCCUUUCUUUUAAUGCUUCAUGAUGAUAUGCUUUGGUAGGUCUGUUAUUAUGAGACCAGAUGAAGGAUUUUAAAUCUUGGGCCUACUGGAAGCGGUUCAGUGAUUGUUGUCCACUUGCAAGAUGGUUUGAUGGGUCAAACAGAGACUGAUGGAUUGGAGAUCUACAAUAGUUCAGAACAUCAAAGAAGUUGAAUAAUCCUUUGCAAAUCAUGUGCUGAUGUACCACUAGAGCAUAAUUAUUUCUCGCCUUCUGUUUUCUUCUUAAUUUUCUCCCUAUGCAUCUAUGCAUUUAUGAUCCUGCUUUGGAAAAUGAUAUUCUGGAGACUGGAAGACAUGCAUGUGCCCCAAGAUACUAUAUGAUGCACUUUUAGUACUAGAUUAGUUUGUUGGGAACUUUGAAUUCAGAUUGAUUUUGGAGGUGUAAGUGGGAACAGAAAAAAUGAAGAAGUGGUCUGGAGGUGUUCUAAUUGCAUCCUUGUUUGGGUUGCUCAUUCUGAGGUAUGGUGUGAUGAAAAAUCCCCUUGGGGAAAGUUUACUUUCCAAUCCGUUCUCUACCAAUAAAUCUAAUCCACUUGAAUGGGUGCGUGGGGUCCCACCUGCCGUUCAAAAUCCAGAGAAUGCCUCCCAAGUAGUUUCUGCUGCUAGAUUGGCUGCCGGUCUCUUUCCUUGGAGAAACUUUUCCAGUGAAGAGCAAAGAUGUUUGCAGACAUGGAACCAUUUGAAUCACUUAAUCAAUUAUACUGAAGGUUUACCUAAUGCAAUGGGUGCUGUCAAAGAAGCUGCAAUGGCAUGGGAUAGCCUUAUGGCUUCCUCUGAAGAGGAAGGACUUGGUUCCAUGAAUGAAAGUUCACAUCCAAAGACAAAAGAGAAACAGUGCCCUUAUUUUUUGAACAUAAUGAAUGCCACAGAACCUGGUGAUAGUGGUUAUAAAUUACAGAUUCCUUGUGGCCUGAUUCAGGGUUCUUCCAUUACGAUUAUUGGCACUCCCAAUGGCCUUCUUGGAAAUUUCCAGAUCGACUUAACUGGGGCACCACUUCCGGGGGAGCCAGAGCCUCCCAGAGUAUUGCAUUACAAUGUUCGCCUUCAUGGUGAUAAAAUAACUGAGGAUCCUGUGAUAGUUCAGAAUACAUGGACUGUAGCUCAUGACUGGGGUGAAGAAGAGCGGUGUCCUUCUCCUGUUCCCAACAAUAAUAAGAAAGUGGAUGAAUUGGACCUGUGCAAUUCUCUGGUGGGUAAAGAUGAUAAAAGGAGGUUCACGGUUAUCAGACAUUCCAAUGGUUCAAGAGCUCAGGAGGAAUCUAAACCCAGACGUUAUUUUCCUUUCCAACAAGGGCAUCCAUUUGUUGCCACAAUUAGGGUAGGAGCAGAAGGGAUCCAGAUGACAGUUGAUGGCAAACACAUAACAUCCUUUGCUUAUCGCGAAAGUCUGGAACCAUGGCUUGUCAGUGAAUUGAGGAUUUCUGGAGACCUGAAGUUAAUUUCUGUGCUAGCUAGUGGUUUACCGACUUCAGAGGAUUUAGAUCAUAUUGUCGAUUUAGAAGCACUCAAAUCAGCUCCUCUUCCUCAUAAAAAAAAAUUGGAUCUCUUUAUUGGUGUCUUCUCUACCGCUAACAAUUUCAAGCGUAGGAUGGCUGUUCGUAGAACGUGGAUGCAGUAUUCUGCAGUGCGGUCAGGAGCUGUUGCUGUGCGCUUUUUUGUUGGUCUGCAUAAAAACCUUAUGGUGAACGAGGAACUCUGGAACGAAGCAAAGACAUAUGGGGAUAUUCAGCUAAUGCCUUUUGUUGACUAUUACAACCUCAUUACCUGGAAAACCAUAGCCAUAUGUAUCUUUGGUACACAGGUUGUUUCGGCAAAAUAUGUUAUGAAAACGGAUGAUGAUGCAUUUGUUCGUGUGGAUGAGGUGCUCACUUCUUUAAAUAGGAUCAAUGUGACUCGCGGGUUACUCUAUGGUCUUAUUAACUCAGACUCUCGACCUCAUCGGAAUCCUGACAGCAAAUGGUAUAUUAGCCUGGAGGAAUGGCCAGAAGAAACUUAUCCUCCUUGGGCUCAUGGUCCUGGUUAUGUUGUGUCACAUGACAUAGCAAAGGCAGUCAACAAGAGGCAUAAGAAGGGGAGGUUGAAGAUGUUCAAGCUGGAGGAUGUGGCGAUGGGCAUCUGGAUUGCAGAGAUGAAGAAGGAGGGGUUGGAUGUUAGAUAUGAGAAAGAGGAGAGGGUUUAUAGUAAUGGGUGCAAUCAUGGUUAUGUGGUUGCCCACUACCAAGGCCCUAGGGAGAUGCUCUGUUUGUGGCAAAAGCUGGAAGAGGGGAAGGGGGCUAAAUGCUGUGGUGAUCGAUGAGGGCCUAGGGAGACACUCUGUUUGUGGGAAAAACCUGGAAGAGGGGAAGGGGCCUAAAUUCAUUGGUGAUCGAUAAGGGAGCCAGAUAUGAUAAAUGGGGCUUCAGGAUGAGAUCCAGCUCUGGCUACAGCUUUGAGAAAGAGGCUAGAGCUUUGGUAUCCUCAGAAGGGGAGAUUUAACAGAGUUGAG